AUGCCUCAAAAUUUGUAUAUCAACGAAACCAAGAGUUGGUUGAGAUUUAAAGACUUACGUAACCAUACUGCUUGUGAUCGUUUGAGACUGGUUAUGUCGGUGUUUGGCGGAACAAAUGGUGCCCCUGGCUUUUCAUUUGCUCCACAGCUGCAGCAAGAAAAGUCUCGCAAUGGCACUGGUCAGUCAGGUUUUAACGACCCAAGAAGAAGUGGAUCUAAAAAGUACACCAAGAAUGAAAAUGACAAAAAUGGUAAUAAGAAUGGCAAUGGUAAUUCCACUAGACAACACAAUAACAAGAAGAAUACUCGAGGAGACAAGAAGAAAACGUACGUUCAUAAUGAAUCAUCUAAUGGUGGGUUUAACUCAUCUCCAUCUCCAUCAUCAUAUAGUGGCCUGGAUCCAUUGGACAUGCCCAACAAGGUGAUACCUAGACAGAACCCAAGUAAAUUACAAAGUUACUCGGAAGAGGAAAAACAAAUUACUGGACCUAUUUGUUCCAACCCAGAAUCCCUUGGAUUCCGUAGAAUAAAUCAACAAAGUGCAAGACCAAUACCGAAAUAUAUGCUUCAUCAACCACGAUUAUUGGUAACUCCUACGUUCCACCAAGACCCAUGGGAUAAACAGAACCAGGAUAAGAUGCUCUCAAUGGAGCAAUCUAACUCCGGUGACUAUCAAGGACUCUACGAAGAGUUUCAAAAAAUGAGAGAAACAGAACGGAAACAAAUGGAAGUUCUUGGUCUUGUGGAUGCUGAAAAUAUUAGUAAAGAUUUAAAUGAUGCUAUAUCAUUUCAAGGGUCAUGUGUAGAGAUGUGUCCUAUCUUUGAAAGAGUCAGAAGAGCCUUGGAAAAUAAUGUCAAGGCCCUUGAAAAAGACCCCGUGACGAAUAAGAUUAGUAGAGAAAGGGCAGUGAAGGCAUUUUCAAGACCUGCUGCUGGCCAACCACCACCGCUCCCAUCUGAAGUUCGUCCACCACAGGUCUUGAGUAAGACUUUGGAUUAUAUGAUAGACUACAUCCUUCCUCAAUUACCUGAAGCACAUUCUUUCAUUUGGGAUAGAACAAGAUCUAUACGUCAAGAUUUUACAUACCAAAAUUUCUUUGGACCUGAGGCGAUUGAUUGUAACGAAAAGAUUGUUAGAAUUCAUCUUGUCUCACUUCAUAUCAUGGCAGCAAGUGAUAUCGAAUAUUCUCAACAACAAGAAUUAGAGCAAUUCAAUAAGGCGUUGCAAACACUUCUUGAAAUCUAUCAAGACGUUCGUAAUCAUGGUGGAGAAGCUCCCAAUGAAGCUGAAUUUAGGGCAUAUUAUCUUUUGAGUCACAUCCGAGAUCCAGAACAAGAAAGAGAAAUUCAAACGUUACCACCUCAUAUUCUUGAGAAUAAUUUUGUUCAGUUGGCAUUGAUGUUCAGAAAUACAGUAUUACAAAGCGAUAUUGUUGAAAGAGGAUAUACCAAUACUGCUGGGUCCCUUAGUAUGUUCCUGGAAUUCUUCAGAAUGGUUUAUAGCCCUCAAGUUCCAUUUUUGAUGUCAUGUUUAUUGGAAACACACUUCAAUGAAAUCAGAUUUUAUGCAUUGAAAUCGAUGUCAAGAAGUUAUCAUACCAAGAGUAAGCCAUACUCUGCCGAAAAACUUCUGCACUUCUUGGGAUUUGAUACAGUUGAUAAACUCGUAAAGUUUGUCCAAUAUUAUGACAUCGAUGUCGUUGAAGACCCAACUAAUGGAUCGGUAGCAGUUGACUUGUUCAACAAGGAGAAAUGGGAAAGAAAGUACAAAUUGAAUUCACUUCAUGACAAGCCAAAGCUUAGUCAACCUUAUUCUCCUCAAUUGGACGUCAAAUUUCCUCGUAAUAACCUCAAACAAUUAAUUGAUAGUGGGUUUUCGAAUGCUGAUUUGAAAAUCAAAAAAUCAAGUAUUUUUAAAGUCCUCCCACCUACAAAAACUGUCAACAAAACUGCAUUCUCUACGGCAACAACUCCAUUUGCAUCUACCUUAAAUACUACUCCUUCAUUACAAACAGUUCCUCAGAAACAACAACCAAUACUACCCAAUUCUGCUUCCACUACAUUAUCUGGGUUCCUUGGUUCUUCUCAAACUGCUAAGCCCAUUGGCUUACCUCAAAUAUCGUUCUCUUCGGCUCCACUUAAAUUGGAGAAUAAUUUGCCAAAAAUUGAACCUCAACCAAUACAAAAUUCUGGACUUCCUGUCUUCGGUACACAAGUACAACCAGCAGUUCAAUUUUCUAAUCUGCAACAAUUCGGUACACAACUGAGUGUACCUUCAAUUGUCACCCCUAAGCCACGUGCUGCUCCGUCAUCCAUAAAACCACCAAGUAUACCAUCGUUCAAUUUCGGGAAAUCUGAACAGGUAAAACCAGCAUUAGAAGUGGCACCUCAGAAACCUGAGACUUCGUUACCAACUACCACCUCUAGUACGUUCACAUUUGGCAGUAAACCUGCGGAUACUGGGGAAACGCCUGUAAAGCAAAGUGUAUCUAAUUCUUUGACUAACGGUAUACCUCCUCCAAAUGUUACAGUCGCUCCACCAGUGGUUGUCAAGAAAAGAAUUGUUGACCUGCCUCAUUUCUCCAAAGCAGCAGAACAAGUUUUAAAUUCUAUGCUCAACGACACCAUCAAUAAUGAGUUAAGUAAGAUGUUACCGAAGCUCAUGAAGAAACAAGACCAUGAGAAUAAACGAAAGUAUCUUAUUUCAUCGAUAAGUAAGGAUAUAUAUGAAAAACUCAUGUCUGAAUAUAUCCAUCAGAAGGCGCUAGAAAGCUAUGCAGAUUCGAUUUACAGUAAAAAGUUGAAAUUGAAUGCUAUUAGAAAUCUAGUGAAAACUGGAAAGAUGUGUAUUUCGAAACAAAAAUUAAAGAAAAGAAAAUUGAAUGAACUUGAACUGAUUACAUUUGAUAAUAAUGCAACUAGAAAGAAGGUGAAACAUGCACAACCAAUUAAGAAACCUAAGGUAGAAUUAGACCUGAUAAAUUACAUUGAUGAAUCCCAAAAAUCUAUUCAAGACUUGUGGGAACCGAUUAAUUUGCAAAAUUUUAUUAAUAAGGUAUCAAAGAAAUUUAAGGUUAACAUUCAAUCAAAAGACAUUGAACUCAAUUUUUUACUAUUGAUUGAGAAUUGGGAUUCGGAUUAUUCUAAGUGGUUAAAUAACAAGUUGAGUCUUCGGAUCAAUCAUGAAAGACUUCAAUAUGAAAAUAUAUUACGUACUGAUAAGUUACGUUUGACAUUCACAAGUCUCCCACCUACAUAUGAUAGUAACAACAAAUUCUUCUCCAAAUCACCUUUCAUAUUGUUUGAUUGUGGGUUUACAACCAUGCAACAAGUUUCGGAGUAUAGUUCGAUUCAUUCAAAAUUGGAAUCUGACAAGUUGAAACUUACCAAACUUGUGAAAUUGAUAAAUUCUUAUAGUUUCUAUAAAGUUCAGAUUGCAAUUUUGUAUUGGGAUAUCAGUGAAGUUGGGUUAACAGAGGAAAAUGUCUGGACAGCACUUGAUUUGGAAAAAUAUAGGGAGAAUAAUGCAAGUGGCCAAAAUAGUGUUCAAGAUAUAUUCAUUUGUGACAUGACUUUACAAGAUCCACCACUUGAUGGGAAUAUAUUAGGAGAAAACAUUAAUCGUAGGUUGGAAAAUGUUUUCGAAAUACUUGCUACGAAUUUCCGAGGUUCACUUUCAAAUAGAGGAAAUCGUAAAUUGGAAAAGAAAAAGAAUAAUAUGUUGAUAAAGCAGUCAAAUGCAACGGAGGCAAGAGCACUGUCUGUGGAACUGACAGAUUCCGUAUUCAAAUCUACAAUUGAAAAAUCUUACAGAGACAAAGAAGCUGAACAAAUAUCCUCAGCAAAGGCUCUACGUAAGUAUGAUUACCUUUCAAAACAUAUGGCAAGUAACACUACAGGAAGUCAAAUUGGUGGACAUACUAAUAAUUCCGCUAAUAGCACUGCAUUUGUUACUGCAAGUAAUAAAUCUCAAUUGUUUCCUAGGACCUUUUUAAACACCACAAUGAAUGAUACUACCAUGAAUAAUGUGUCAAUUCUUGGAGGCUUUGGGAAUGGGAUUGUUGGAGCAAGUACACCAUGUAGUUCUCCUGGUAAAAUCAAAAAGCCAAGUAUGAAUAACAUUCCUAAAGGGUUGCAAGAAUUGCGUGAUCUUGCCCAAGGGAUUAAACGGAAAUACGCAAAGAAAUAA